GGUCGAUUCCCAGCCGUUGGUGCCGAGAAGCGAAGGGAAAGACGAUCAGAGCGCGAGGGGCGCACAAAGAACAAACGCCUACCGGGCGUACAGGGAACCCGAUAAAGUUCUCCGAGGACGAAGACGGAAAGAGACGUGGGAGGUUUGUUUAUGUAAUGGUUUUAGGGAAAUAGAAAGGGGAGAAACGAUCGCCCGAGCGACAGGAAAAAGAAAAGAGAGAUCCCGGAAUCGGAUCCAUUUCACGCAUUAAAAUCGUUUUCUGCUGUCACGGACAAUGAUUCCUGAGCUCGAAUUCGUCGUCCUUGACGCCUAUAAAACGCUCGAGACUAGGCGAGGGAGAGAUCACAAAGACGGCACACAGCGAGCCCUUGACUUGAAUUGUUCUUAGGGAUAGAACCUCUCUGCAUCUGCUUAACUGAAUCAGAGGUCACAGUUAUCUGAUAAUCAUCUAGUUAUCAGUUAUGGGUUACGUUCGCACGGCGGUUGAUGACACACGUCAGGGAAAAGAAUGUUCCAACGGUGGAGCAAUACAAAAUGGAAGAGAGAUCCUCCUUCAGGCUUUCAAUUGGGAGUCACACAAACAUGAUUGGUGGCAUAAUUUAGAGAGGAAAGUUGGUGAUAUUGCUAAAUCUGGCUUCACAUCAGCUUGGCUGCCUCCAGCAACCAAUUCAUUAUCUAAAGAAGGGUAUUUGCCACAAAACUUGUAUUGCCUUGACUCUUCAUAUGGUUCCCACAAUGGAUUAAUAAGUUUACUUAAAAAAAUGCAUCAACACAAAGUCAGAGCAAUGGCUGAUAUAGUUAUUAACCAUCGAGUUGGAACUGCUCGUGGACGUGGGGGAGCAUACAACCGCUAUGAUGGAAUUCCCAUGCCCUGGGAUGAACGUGCUAUCACAUCAUGCUCUGGUGGCCUGGGUUCGCGAAGCUAUGGUGAAAACUUUCAUGGAGUUCCCAACAUUGAUCAUAGCCAAGCUUUUGUACGAAAAGACAUAAUUGGUUGGUUAAAGUGGCUUCGCAAAGAUAUUGGUUUCCAGGAUUUUCGUUUUGAUUUUGCAAAAGGAUAUGACCCAAAAUUUGUAAAAGAAUAUGUUGAAGAGUCAAAACCUGUAUUUUCUGUGGGAGAAUAUUGGGAUAGCUGUAAUUAUUCUGCCCCUGAUUCUCGCUUGGACUACAAUCAAGACAGUCACAGACAAAGGAUUAUUAACUGGAUUGACAAAACCGGACAGGUCUCUGCUGCAUUUGAUUUCACGACAAAGGGCAUCCUACAGGAAGCAGUUAAGGGACAACUAUGGCGAUUGCGUGAUUCUCAAGGGAAGCCACCUGGUGUGAUUGGGUGGUGGCCUUCACGAGCAGUCACAUUUAUUGAGAACCAUGACACUGGCUCAACUCAGGGUCAUUGGCCUUUCCCAUCUGAUCAUGUUAUUGAGGGAUAUGUUUAUAUACUCACUCAUCCAGGAAUACCAACCGUAUUCUACGAUCACUUUUACGAUUGGGGUAACUCUUACCACAAUCAAAUCAUGAAAUUGAUGAACAUUCGUUGCCACCAAGAUAUCCACAGUCGUUCCAAUAUCAAGAUUUUAGAGGCUCGCUCCGAUCUCUAUGCUGCAAAAAUUGACGACAAAGUCUGCAUGAAGAUUGGAGAUGGGUCUUGGUGUCCGAGUGGUCGGGAAUGGACACUUGCUGCUAGUGGAAACAGAUACGCAGUUUGGCACAAGUAGUAUUGUCAUUAUAUAUAUAUAUAUACAUAUAUAUAU